AUGACUGACUUUUCCAAAAACUGGGAAAAACUGUCUGGUGACAAUCUCUGGAGUGCUCUAAAAGAUCCUCUCCACGUCGAUCUCCGCCGCUAUAUCAUUCAUUACGGUGAAAGGGCUGGAGCUAUUGACGAUGCUUUCAUUGAUGAGACAAAAUUUCCUUUCAUUGAUGGCAAGCUCGUUUCCCCGAUAAAUCCCCAGUCCAUCGGAUAUCCUCGAUAUGCAAGGAAAGAUUUAUUCGAUAAAGUGGGAUUGGUGAAAGGCAAUUAUCGACCCACGUACAUAGUGGAGAAAUAUGUGUAUGGAGCACCAAAACUGCGAUGUCGCCCAUCCUACCUGUUGGCUUACGUUGCGGUGUCAGACAAUGAAGGAACUAAAGCCUUGGGGAGGAGGGACAUUCUGAUUGCCUGGAGAGGAACCAAGUUGGAGGCUGAAGUUGCUGUCGACAAAAACACCGAACUACGCCCGGCUCCUAAAAUUUUUGGAAACCAGUAUGCCGGCGCUAUGGUGCACGGUGGUUGGUAUGAUUAUUACAUUAAUACUGACGUUAGGACCCCCAAGAACCAACGAACUAGUUGCCAAGAUCAGGUUGGAGAGGCCGUUAGAAAACUGAUAGAUCAAUACGGUAACGAGGGUCAACAACUCAGCAUUACUAUAACUGGCCGCGGCACUGGUGCUGCAUUUGCAAUUUUAAAUGGGAUGGAUAUUGUUUGCAACAAACUCAAUUAUCCUACAAAACAACCCAAGAGCCCAUGUCUGGUCACGGCGAUUGUCUUUGGCUGUCCCUUUGUUGGAAACGAAGCCUUUAAGAAUGCGGAGAACGAUGAGACCAUGUUUCAGAUCUUGCGGGUCACAAAUGAACCAGAUCCAGUGACUAAUUCGGAGCCUUCUCCGGAAUAUGAACAUAUUGGAGUAGAGGAGAAAAUUAACACAGUCAAUUCGCCCUACUUGAAGAAUCCAAUAGAUACCGUACAUGAGUUGGAGGUUUACUUGCAUGGGGUUGCAGCGCACCCAGGGACAACUGUGGCAUUGGAAGAUAUCCGCCGUACAGUGAUGGUGAACAAAACAUUGGACGGUCUUAAGGAUGAAACUAUAGUCCCCCCCAUCUGGAUUUUAAAUAAGUUCAUGGUUCAAAAUGAGAGAGGCGCCUGGGAGCUGAAGGAUGUUCCCGUUGAUGUUUAG